AUGCAGUUCUUGAGUUCAUUCACGAAGUCCUUGUCACCAACCACCAGCACCGGCAAUCAGUCUCAGCCUUCCCAGUCCUCUUCAGGGAGCUCAGAAGUUGAGAAACUCUUUGCUGACGCCGAGCAGGUGCAAGACAGGCUGGUGGGAGUCAUUGUGACUAUCUCCGCCAGUGCGUCCUAUGACCACAAUUUCAGAGAAGUGCGGCCGGAAACCGUGCCAGGAGAGAAGGUCAGCACAUAUUCUGUGGAUUUGUUUGCAGCUCCCAAGCUGCAAGGCUUCCUGUCAGGUCAGGAGUUGGAAGGUCUUUGGGCAGAGCUGGUGGCCGAUAUCCGCAGUGUGGCAGCUGACAGUGUGACAUUCAACUGGGAAUGCUGCGGAGCAUGCAGUGACAAGGGGUUUUGCACAGCUCAAGGGACACCGCCAACUUGGUCUUUGUUCAGUUGGUCAGCUCACAGUCCCACGAUGAGUUUCAUCGCAUUUGCUUUGCAAAGUGGGUUCUCAGUGAUGUGCUCUGACUUCAGUCUGAAGGCACUUCUGUCAGAGUGGUCCGAUGAGCUGCUGGGUCCAAAUCCCUUUGUGCGUUUGCCCGGAAGUUGUGAUCAACAAUUUCAGUUGGAAUUCUUUCCGCAGCACUUGACGCAUGAAGAUGUACCGCAGCAACUGCAAGUGGUCGGUGAGCUUUGCACCAGAGAUGGCAAGGCAGUAGUGAAGGCACUUGGCGACACAAUCCUUUACACUCUGAACCCUCGCCGGCGAGCCACAGACCGUUACACUCUGAAGGUUCUGACUGUUGUGACUGCCUGGACUGGCAGUGCCAUGGCUGAAGCAAUGAAGUGCGAGAUUGAGCAUGGUGACAUGAAGAAGCGAGGUGCCGCUGGUCAUGUGGCACUGUCAUACCCAUCAGGUGGUCAGCUUAUCACCAGCAUGGGCCACUGGAUUGAGCUCACUCGCAUCAACACUUCAGCUGAGUCCAUCAUGGAAGUGGCGGCCCGAAACUUCGGUCAAGCGGAAGUGUCUAAACAUCAAACCAAGUUGAGCAGUGCCAGAAACGAGUUCGAACGGCAGAGGUGUUUGCAGGAAGUCAGUAAGGAGAUGAUCCAGAAAUCCGUUCCUUCUGCAUUUAAGAGCCGCACCAAGUACUGA